AGUUACAGCAAGUAUAUAGGUAUAGUAUUUACCUACCAGAACCAGAUCCUACCUAAGUUGCUAUGGAUAUGAAUAUUGACGUGGAAACCACAACAGUAGUAAACGUAGACAAGUUACAAUAACUAAAAAAUAGUUAGUAUUUUAUAAUGUACUUUAAUGAUUACAUUACCAAUUUUAGAAUGUAAAUAUACACAUUUUUCACACAAAAUAUUUACUAAUUAUUAAUUAUAGGAAUAGUUUGUAAAUACUAGCUACUACCAAUACCCACCUCAAAUAUGAUCCUAUCACGUGUAAAACCAGCGGUAGAACAGCAAUUAGAGAAAACUAAACCAAUAAAUCAUAAAAUAACCGCUAAGGAUUUCAUCGAGAAAAGAGAUUACAUUGGUGCUUUAACCAUUUUAAAAUUUGAUAUAGAAAAAUCAAAACAAGAUGUGGAAUUAGAACUAUGGCUAGCAUAUUGUUAUUUUCAUUUAGGUGAUUAUAAUAACGCAAUGUUAAUUUACAAAAGUCAUAUCAAAAAUUCAGGAAUAAAACAUUUGUUUGUCAAUUUGGCUUGUUGCUAUUUUUAUUUAGGCAUGUACCCAGAGGCUGAGGAAGUAUUAGAUAAGUCCAACAUCUCCGACGUAAAAAUUCGAUUGCAAUUUCAUCUGUCACAUAAACAAGGUGACGAAAAAAAGCUUAUGGAGUAUCAUGAACUUUUAGCGGAUGUGGUUGAAGAUCAAUUAUCAUUAGCAGCUAUACAUUAUCUUAGAUCACAUUACCAAGAAGCUAUUGAUAUAUAUAAAAAGUUAAUGAUCAAUAAUCGACAUUUUUUGGCACUGAAUGUUUAUAUGGCUCUUUGUUAUUAUAAAUUAGACUUUUAUGAUGUCUCUCAAGAAAUUCUAGAUGUUUAUAUGAAAAAAUAUCCAGAUUCUAUGAUAUUAACUAAUUUAAAAGCUUGCAAUUUAUACAAAUUAUAUGAUGGUAAGGCUGCUGAAUCAGAAUUGAAAAAUCUUAUAGCGAGAAGAUCAUCAACAUUUAAGUUUUGUGAAGAUUUGAUUAAACAUAACAUGGUUGUUUUUCGCGAAGGAGAAGGUGCUUUACAAGUGUUGCCAACUCUUGUUGAUAUCCUUCCAGAAGCCCGACUUAAUUUGGUAAUAUAUUAUUUGAGACAAGGAGAAAAUGAAGAAGCCUAUGAAUUAAUUAAAGAUUUGGAACCAGCUAUUCCUCAAGAAUAUAUCUUAAAAGCUAUUGUUAAUGUAGUUGUUGGUCAAGAAAAAGGAGAUACAAAGCAAAUCGAUAACGGACAGAGUUUAUUCAAUAUGGUAGGAAGUAGUUCCAGUGAAUGUGACACAAUACCUGGUCGGCAAUGCAUGGCUUCCUCUUUAUUUUUAGAAGGGCGUUAUGAUGAAGUUAGCUUAUAUCUAAGUUCAAUAAAAAGCUAUUUCUCAAAUGACGAUAGUUUUAAUUUUAAUUUUGCUCAGGUGAAAUUAUCGCUAGGUGAGUACAAGGAAGCAGAAGAGAUGUAUUUACAAGUAAAAAGCAAUAAAAUACGAGAAAGUUUCAUUUACAUAAACCAUUUAACACAUUGUUUCAUUAUGAAUAAAAAGUCGCAAUCAGCAUGGGAUUUAUAUUUGAAAAUUGAAAAUUCACAAGAUUCAUUGAUAAUAUUGCAGUCAAUCGCAAAUGAUUGUUAUAAAACUAAUCAGUUUUGGCAAUCAGCAAAAGCAUUUGAUAUGCUCGAAAGGUUAGAUUUAUUACCUGAAUAUUGGGAAGGUAAACGAGGUGCUUGUGCCGGCAUAUUUCAACAAAUUGUUCUUGGCAAUCAACCACAAGAUCAGAUAGCUGAUGUUAUACAUUUAUUAAGAAAUUCAGCAAAUUCUCAAGUUGAACAAAUGAUAAAAAUGAUGAAGAAAUGGGCGAAAAAUAACAAAGUAGUUGUUUAGAUUUAUCCGUGAUAUAACCUAAAUAAGUGGGUGCCUAAAAAUUAUUAUACUUUAUAACCUUAUUGUGGCAUAUUCUUAUUAUAUAUUAUGUCUAUAACUUGUAAGUUUUAAAUAUUAAAAUAUGUAUAACAACUAGCAAGUUAUGAUUAAUAAUAUACGAGUACCAUACGCGUUCA